AUGCACAUCCUCCGCCUGCUCGCGGCGCGGCGUUUCCGCCGCCGCGCCGUGUCCACGAUCAGAGCGAGCGCGACGGCGCCGGCCAACCCGUGCGGGUACGGCUACGGCGAGGACGAGGGCCCGUUCUUCGACCUCGACCUGUCGUGCUGCUCCGCCUCCGCCUCCGCCUCCGCGCCCGCGUCCAGCGCCGAGUCGAGCUCCGAGUCCGAGGACUCCUCCUGCGCCGGCGAGGUCGACUUCGUCAUCCUGCUGCAGCGGAGCUGCUCCGCGUCGCCGUCCUACGACGAGCGCCUCUCCUUCAGCCGCUGCGGGUGGGGGGGAGCGCCCCCGCCGGCCAAAUUCUGCGCGUCCGAGCCCGGCGACACCGCGGCACGGUUCAGCACCAGCAGGCGCGGGAAGUUGCGCACUCUCAGCUUCGGAUCCGCCAAGGCCGCCUUCUACGGCGGCCGCGCCAGCUUCUCCCGGAGCUCCAACAGCACGCGCUCAGCAAGGCUGUUCGCCGCGUACGCGCACGGCUCGCCGGACCAAGGCCAGGAGGAAGCCAGGAGGGCGCCCUCGGCCGACGUGAUCAGGCGGUGCCUGAGCAAGAUCUCGAGGCGGUUGCGGAGGGUGGCGCCCGGCGCUGCUGCUUCCGUGGACGUCCGGCUGCGGAAGAGCCGCUCGGUGUCCGCGGCGCAGUCGUCGUCGCCAGCUCGCCGGGACGACUCGCUCCUGGAGCAGCAGGACGGCAUCGCAGGCGCCAUCGCGCACUGCAAGGAGUCGAUCCACCGUGCGUCCAUGUCGGAGCGCGACUCGUCGCUGCUGCGGUCCCGGAGUGACCCAGGAACGUAA